GCGCAGAUGAGCGCUGUGACGGUAAAUGACUGUCAGAUCCUCCUCCAGCUGAAGAGCUAAAGCGGCUUUAAUGGAAACUCCGACCCACUGAAACCGCGUUUUAUGUGUGUUUAUUCCCCCCCAGAUAUAUGUAGCUAAAUCCGGCACUCAUACAGCCAGCUGACUGAGGAUGUCAACGCCGGGUUAUACAAACAAUCUUAACUCGUCUGUCCAUAAUUACGGCAUGAACCCAACGCAGAACGGAGCUGCGGCGCUUCAUCAACAUCAUCCUCCUCCUCCUCACCGAAACGGUCCAGACCAGUCACACCCAGCCAUGUAUCCAACUUCAAACUACUAUGCUGGACCCCCUCCGCAGGGUUACCCCUCUGUGCCGACCCAAACUCCCCCAGUGCCAGGCAAGGCCCCCCUGAUGAACACUGAUUACAGUGCUAACUACUACCACAACAGCCACCCGCAGCCUGGAGCAGGACCGGGCUCAGGACCCUCUCUUUACCCACUUCCCCCAGUCUCGCAAACCCCAGUUCAUCCACCCUCCACUGUUAACCCCCCUGUCUCUGGAGCUCAGCAGUACCCACUGCCGUCUUUCCAGCAACCUGCCCCUUACUCUGUGCCUGCUAACUACUAUGGACACUAUAGCACCAUUUCACAGGGGCAACAGCAGCAACCGAACUUGGUUACCGCAUCCAGUGGCACUAAUGUUGCCACCCAGCUGUACCCUAUUGUGUCCUACCCAUCCGCCCCUGGCAGCAGCCAGUAUGGGACGCUGCGAUCAUCUCAGACUGCGGCAGGGCAGCCACCCAUCCCCACCAUGAUGCCAUCGCCUACCCAGAGUGCUUUGCUGCAGCAGCAGCAUACUCAGGGCAAUGGGGCCACACCCACACCAGCUCAGCAGGGGUACGGAGCCCCGCCCCUCAACCAAACAGCCACAGUUAAUGGCCAAUUAAACGCAGUUCAACAGCACUAUGACCAAAAGCCCCAGGCUCCUGUUGGCUCACAUUACAACAGAGCUCUGCCUGUCUCGGAGGGUCCUGACGGAGAUCAUCCGCCCUCUGGCGCCCCCUCCACACAUUCUUCACCAGCUCGUCAGCAAGGGCUGCUGUAUGGUGGAUAUGGGGGCAAUAGAGCUGCUAGUUCCUCCACAGGGUUGCCAGGCGACCACUCCUCAUCCAGCUCUGACCACGAAGACGAGGAUGAGGAGGAUGAGGAAGCAGGUGGAGACAGUUCCUCCACCACUACAGGAAGUGCAUCUCCUGUUCCAAAUAGCUACGAGUCCCUGGAGGGAGGCAGCUAUACAGGAUCCUCAUCUGUUCCCCCUACGAGUGACUCCUCCAAGCCAGCGCCACCCUUUGGCUACAACUAUCCAACCAUGCAGCCAGGUUACCAACAAGGCCCUGCCCCGAGACCAGAUUCCUCUCCAUCACAUGGAGGAUACAACCCACCUGGAUAUCAGCCAUAUUCACAGCCAUUCCCCAGCCUGUCUCAGCUAUCGGCAGCGCUGGGAGGUUUGAGCGGAGUUCCUGAGCUGGAGGUAGAAGCUCUGCGACCAGUGAAUCUGCUGCAGGAGAGGAACAUUCUCCCCCCAAAACCCACCGCUCCACCUGAACCCAACCUCAGCAGCGACCUGCGCAAAGUCAACUGCAGUCCAGAUACCUUCCGCUGCACUCUGAGUUGUAUCCCUCAGACUCAGGCAUUGCUGAAUAAAGCUCGUCUGCCGCUGGGGCUGUUGCUGCACCCUUUCAGAGAUCUGACGCAGUUGCCAGUCAUCACCUCCUCCACCAUCGUUCGCUGCCGUUCAUGUCGAACGUACAUCAAUCCAUUUGUGUCGUUUCUGGACCAGCGCCGAUGGAAGUGCAACCUCUGCUACCGUGUGAAUGAUGUUCCUGAUGAGUUUAUGUAUAACCCAGUCACACGGUCCUACGGUGAACCCCAUAAGAGACCAGAGGUGCAGAACUCUACUGUGGAGUUCAUCGCCUCCUCUGACUACAUGCUGCGGCCUCCUCAGCCUGCGGUGUACCUGUUUGUGUUGGAUGUAUCCCAUAAUGCCGUGGAGACGGGCUACCUGAAUGUGUUGUGCCAGUCACUGCUGGAAAACCUAGAGAAGUUGCCUGGAGAUGCUCGAACUCGCGUUGGAUUUUUGACUUUUGACAGCACCAUCCACUUCUAUAACCUGCAGGAAGGACUGUCCCAGCCCCAGAUGCUGGUAGUCUCAGAUAUCAACGAUGUGUUCAUUCCAACACCUGACAGUCUGCUGGUGAAUCUGAAAGAGAGCCAGGAGUUGGUGAAGGACCUGUUGAAUGCAUUGCCAGGGAUGUUUACACACACGCGGGAAACCCACAGUGCACUGGGGCCGGCGCUGCAGGCAGCAUAUAAGCUGAUGUCGGCCACCGGGGGGCGCGUGUCUGUGUUCCAGACCCAGUUACCCACCAUUGGAGCAGGACUGCUACAGUCACGAGAGGACCCCAACCAGAGGUCCAGCACCAAGGGUGUGCAGCACCUUGGUCCUGCUACAGAUUUCUAUAAAAAGCUGGCUCUGGACUGUUCUGGGCAACAGAUAGGGGUUGACCUGUUCCUACUGAGCUCACAGUACUCAGAUCUGGCUUCUUUAGCGUGUAUGUCGAAGUAUUCAGCUGGCAGUGUCUUCUACUACCCAGCUUUCCACCACAUCCAUAACCCAGCUCAGAGUGUGAAGCUGCAGAAGGACCUGCAGCGCUACCUCACCAGGAAGAUCGGCUUUGAGGCUGUCAUGAGGAUCAGAUGCACCAAAGGGUUGUCAAUACACACGUUCCAUGGCAACUUCUUUGUGCGCUCCACUGAUUUGCUGUCUCUGGCAAAUGUGAACCCGGAUUCUGGCUUCGCUGUGCAGAUGUCCAUAGACGAAAGUUUAGCUGAUACAACUCUAGCAUGCUUCCAGGCUGCUCUUCUCUAUACAUCCAGCAAAGGUAAACGGCGAAUCAGAGUGCACACUCUGUGUCUGCCAGUGGUGAGCCAGCUCAGCGAUGUGUUUGCGGGAGCUGACGUUCAAGCCAUCACCUGCCUACUCGCCAACAUGGCUGUAGACCGCUCCAUCUCCUCCAGUCUGUCGGAUGCACGCGACGCACUAGUGAACGCAGUGGUAGAUUCCUUAGACGCAUUCCGUGCUAAUGGCUCCAACCUACAGCCGGCAGGUCUUAUUGCCCCUGCAUGCCUGCGCCUCUUCCCUCUAUAUGUACUGGCACUGCUCAAACAGAAAGCACUUCGAACUGGGAUCAGCACACGCCUGGAUGAGCGAGUGUUUUCCAUGUGCGAGUUUAAGAGCCAGCCACUGAAACAGAUGAUGCGCAUAGUCCACCCUGAUCUGUACCGGAUCGAUAAUCUGACUGACCAGGGGGCGCUGCACCUGAAUGACCGUGUGAUUCCCCAGCCACCGAUGUUGCAGCUCACAGCUGAGAAAUUAACCAGAGAGGGAGCCUUCCUCAUGGACUGUGACAGCAUAAUGUUUCUGUGGGUGGGGAAGUGCUGCAAUGAGACAUUCAUACGGGAUGUCCUGGGCUGCCCUAACUAUACUUCUAUACCUGCCAGCAUGACUGAGAUUCCAGAGUUGGAGACGGCGUCUUCAGCGAGAACCAGAGCGUUUGUGUCGUGGCUGCAGGAGACCAGAGCUUUUCCUGCCGCCUUCUAUGUGCUAAAAGAUGACUCCUCUACUAAGAGCAGUUUUUUCCAGCAUUUGGUGGAGGAUCGCUCCGAGUCCGCGUUCUCCUACUACGAGUUUUUGCUCCACAUCCAGCAGCAGAUGUCCAAAUAGAGGCACGUAGAAGCCAAACCUGGCGUUUCAUGGCUACUUUCAGCACCACGGAUGGAUCCACUUUCAGCAGGAGGCUGUCCCAUCGGACCGCAGAGUGACAGACACACCCCACCCCCCAUCUCCCACUGGCCAAUCACAGCCUGUGGCGCCCAGAGAGGGAGGGUUAAGAACCAUUGAGGAAAACAAAGAAGCAAAACAAUGAAUGAACAUAAACCUGUGAACAAAUGCAGAGGAGAAAACAAGGAGUCAAAGGAGACGGAAUCAAAGUGUUAAGACGUUCUAGACUAUAAGGACUGCAGAUAGACACACAUACUGGACCUGGCUAUUCUGAGUCCAUCCCCCAAGCUUAGCCCUGUCUUAGCCGCUGUUGUACCACGACAUUUAUAUCCAGACCGCUCCUUUUAUUUUAUUUCAUUUUUUUAAUGCACCUCACCUUUUUGCUUCAUCAUUUGUAAUUGCACUGACAGAAUAUUAUUUAGACCUUGCGCUGCGUUCAUAGCCAUCACUAACACUAUUUUUUGGUGAUUUGUUGUCGUCCCCCCCAAUCCCCCCAACACUGCCAUACCUCACACUCUUCACACCAGUCGCACAUCGCACGUCUUUCUCACCCAUGUUUUCUUUUUCUUUUCCUCUCGUCCUUCAUCCACUCCCCUUUUUUCUUUUUUUUCCUUUUUUAUGCGUAUCGGGAGUGUGUGGUUAUAGUUUUUGGCGUGCUGAGCGAUUAGUUCAUCUGUAUCUCAUCUCUAGCUACAAAAGACCGAGCAGUGGCAUAACCCUAAUAUCCACCCCACCCAGCACAUACAUGCACACACCCCUUUGUUGCACCCCACCCCUUUAUGAAGCUAAAAUAAUCCUCCUCAAAACAGCUCCUUUCGUUUUCUUGGGGAACUAAUACAAUAAGGCUGCCAGCAGACAUUGCUAUCCACUUUGUAACUCUGGGGAAAAGAAUAUUUUAUGUGCGAUAAUUUAUGAUGAGCUUAUUGAAUAAAAUGAAAGGCUAUUCCUCC